GCCCGGGCCCGUUCAACCAACCAAAAAUACGACCGAUCAUAAAAGUAUAAAUGAUCACUAAACUCUUGGAUUCUCCUGUUCAAGACUUUAAGUUAUAUCAAUAUGUUUUUCCAUGAUCCAGAAAAGGAACCUGUCACCGGCGACUCUAUCGACCCUGUGACCCUCAUCGACAACCAGGUAGACGAAGAGAAUGAAGUCUUUCGCGUGACCAGUAGUGGGGAGCAAUACCGAACUGUCUCAUGGUAUAAAAGCUUUGCCUUGAUGUUCAAGAUCCUCUUUUCCGUUGGUGUUUUAUCCAUCCCUUCAGUAUUUUCUUAUGUUGGAGCACUCCCUGGAGCCUUGCUUCUCAUCGGCUGGGGCGCCUUCAAUGCAUAUUCAGCAUUUUUGCUCGGGGCCUUUCGACUUCGACACUCAGGUAUACAUGGAAUGCAAGAUAUGGCGUAUAUCGUUGGCGGUGUUUGGUACAGGGAACUUGUGGGCGUGCUUUUCAUUAUUGGGUAUGAUUUGGUUGCCGGAAGCGGCUAUAUCGGAGUAGCGACUGCUCUCAAUACCUUAUCUGAUCAUGGUGCCUGCACGGUUUGGUUUUCAUUUGUGGCGUUUGUCCUUUCCACCGCUAUCGCCAUGUUUCCUAAGCUGGCCCAAGUCGGGGUAGCGGCUUGGGCUGGUGUUAUAACACUUUUCAUCUCCAUCUUCAUCCUCGUUGUGGCUGUCGCCGUCAAUGACAGACCGGCUCUUGCCCCACCAACAGGAGAUUUCGAUUUGGGUUACCAUGUCAUUGGCUCUCCAAACUUCACCGAAGGCAUGACUGCCGCAUUAACUAUCUUCAUCUCUUCUGGUGGUAUUUCGGCUUUCGUCCCCAUUAUUGCAGAAAUGAAGAACCCGAAAGAAUAUAAAAAGCCCAUCGCAGUGUCAAUGGGCUUCCUCAAUGCCUGCUACCUUGCUUUCGCCCUGGUAAUCUAUCGAUAUUGUGGAACCUGGAUUUCCAGCCCAGCUUUAGGGAGCGCGGGGCCUCUGAUCAAGAAGCUCACAUAUGGCAUCGCCUUACCAGGCCUGAUAAUGAGUUCCACAGUCAAUCAGCACCUUGCUGCCAAGUACAUAUUUGUGCGACUACUUCGAGGGACCAAACAUCUUCAAUCAAAGACAAUGGUGCACUGGGCCACUUGGUUCGGUGUUUCUUUGCUCUGUGGGGUUGCUGCAUUUGUUAUUGGCGAAGCUGUUCCCUUCUUUGGGACUUUGAUUUCUCUCCUUGCUGCCAUCGCGUAUGCACCUAUGGCCAUUGUAAUUCCAAUGCAUCUAUGGCUCUAUGAUUUUGCCGACUAUCGAAAACAAGGUCUGGUCAAGAAGCUUCAAUGGCUGUUCCAUCUUGUUAUGCUGGUUGUCGGACUCUUCAUGACCGUUGCCGGUGCUUACACUUCCAUUAAAUCGAUUGCAGACCAGUAUGCCGCCGGCACUGUGUCAUCCGCCUUCUCGUGUGCAGAUAACUCUUAGAGAGUUUUGUAUCUUAUAGGAAGCAACUUUCAUAAGUGCAGGCUUCCAUUAAAGGUCCUGUUUCGGUAUGGCUUUUCUUUGUUCCUCUAGGUUGUGCUUCAGGUUUUCAGUCGUCUUGAGUAGAUUAGGUUCAUGGUAGAGUUGUAAACAUGGU